AUGAGUUACGGAUCAACUUCAUCUCAAUAUAGGAAAUUGAAUGGAGUGCCGAUACCUCAAUCUCAAAAUACUAAACAAAGUAUUCAACAACAUAGAACUAAUCAAAAUCUACCUUUGAAUAAUUCAAAUAUACUGCAACAACAGCAUCCACAACAUCCUCAGCACCCGCAACAGCAUCUACAACAGCAACAAAAACAAGAAAUGUAUAUACCGUCGGCAUCAUCAUCAUUAACUCAAACUAUACCUACGAAUAAUCCAUUAUUACCACCAAAUAAUCAUUCACAUCAUCAUCAUCCAAAUCAUCACCAACAACAAAAUCAUCAACAAUCUGGAACAAUUCCAAAUCAAUUACCUUCAGUACCUCAACCUGCAUUAAUGGCAUCAAAUUCAAUUUUAACAUUAGGACCUUUCAAACAUAGAAAAGAUUUAACAAGAGAAUCUGUUUUAUCAACUUAUCAAAUUAUGGGAUAUAUAGCAGCAGGAACUUAUGGGAAAGUUUAUAAAGCAAAACUACGAGGAAAUUUGAAAAAAGAAGAUGAAGUUAAAAAUUCAAAUGGAAAUAGUUCAAGUAAUGCAGAAGAUCUAGAUACCAAGACUGAUUAUUCAUUAAAUUCUACAACGACAUCAUCAACAUUGACCAGCACAACCACCACUACCUCAAAUCAACGAAAUCAAAAAGAUGAGGAACCAUUACCACAAUUUUAUGCCAUAAAAAAAUUUAAAAGUGAUAAUCAUUCAACAAAUUCAAAUUUAAAUUCAAAUUUAAAUAUAAACAAAAAUAUUGAUAAUAAUGAUAUAAUUCAUUAUACUGGAAUAUCACAAAGUGCAAUUAGAGAAAUGUCAUUAUGUCGAGAAUUAAAUAAUAAAAAUAUAACAAAGUUAAUAAAUAUAAUAUUAGAAAAUAAAAGUAUAUAUAUGAUAUUUGAAUUUUGUGAACAUGAUCUUUUACAAAUUAUUCAUUAUCAUUCUCAUCCGGAUUUAAAACCAAUCCCCAUUACAACUAUAAAAUCAUUAAUUUGGCAAAUUUUAAAUGGUGUUACUUUUUUACAUAAAAAUUGGAUAUUUCAUAGAGAUUUAAAACCUGCAAAUAUAAUGGUUACAUCAAAUGGUAUUGUUAAAAUUGGAGAUUUAGGUUUAGCAAGAAAAUUUAAUAAUCCUUUACAAAGUUUUUAUACAGGAGAUAAAGUUGUUGUUACAAUAUGGUAUAGAGCUCCUGAAUUAUUAUUAGGUACAAGACAUUAUACUCCUGCAAUUGAUUUAUGGGCAGUUGGAUGUAUUUUGGCUGAGCUAUUAUCAUUAAGACCAAUUUUUAAAGGAGAAGAAGCCAAGAUAGAUAUAAAUAAUAAAAAAUCAGUACCAUUUCAAAAAAAUCAAUUUCAAAAAAUUAUUGAAAUUUUAGGUACACCAAAUUUAAAAAAUUGGCCAAAUUUAAAUAAAUAUCCAGAAUAUAAUUCAUUUGUACAACAAUUAAAUCAAAAUUAUUCAAAUAAUUUAAAUCAAUGGUAUAAAUUAAUUGGAGGAGAUAAUAAACAAUGUCUUGAGCUACUUUAUGGAUUAUUAAAAUAUGAUCCUGAAAUAAGAUUAACUUCUGAUCAAGCAUUAAUUCAUAAUUUUUUUUUAGAAUUACCUAAAUUUAAAGAAAAUGCUUUUGAUGGUUUAAAUUUUAAAUAUCCAAAUAGAAAAAUUUAUUUUGAUGAUAAUGAUAUAAAUCAAGGAAUUGGGAAUAAUCAGAAUAAUAAUAAUCAAGUAAAUCAGGGAAAUCAAGUAAAUCAAGUAAAUCAAAAUAGUAAUUACGUACAAAAUCAAAGUACAGCUAAUGGUAAUAAUACUAAGAGAAAUAAUGGAUUUGAUGAAAAUAUUGGUACAACAACAAAAAGAAAAAGAGUUUGA